AUGAGGUGGAACUCAGAAGAGGUUGAAAUUCAUACUUUAGUGAUAAAGACAUCUAUGGAGGAGAUCACUUACAAUGGACUGGUUGAUAGAAUUUGCAAAAAGCUUAUGGUAGAUGGAGCUAUGACGCAGCUUAGACUUAGCUAUUUUCCACUGAUAUUGGAUCCCAAGAAGCCAUCAUAUGUUCGGAAUGAUGGCAAGACACUUAUCUACGUCCGCGGUUUGAUUCUUUGUUGGUCACACGGUUAUGCUUCGAUUGCUAUAUACAACCCUACCACGAGACAGGCCCUUUGCUUACCGGAGCAGAAGUCCAUGCACCUAAAGAGGAACACUUACUUCUUUGGAUACGACCCUCUCGAGAAUCAAUACAAAGUUUUGAGCCUACGAGAACAGUGUAUGGAAGCUUGUCAAGUUUUCACAUUGUCAGUUCCAACGGCUACAAACAAGUGGAGAAACAUAAAAGGCAUUGGACAUCACUAUCCAAUAAUACCUGCUAUUUGCAUCAACGGGGCUAUCUAUUACAGAGCAAGGACUAAAGAAUUUUGUCUUACAUAUGUAUUGAUGAGUUUUGAUAUUAGGUCUGAGAAGCUUGAUCAGGUCAAGGCUCCUGAAACACUGAGGAAUCACCGUUCUAGUCUAAUUAACUACCAUGGGAACGGGAAGUUAGGAUUCAUGUGUUGCCAGAAGGGCGUUGAAAUUUGGGUUAUGGAGCAUACUGAGAAGACACAAGAAUGGUCCAGGAUUUUCUUUUACGAGCAGAUGGUGGAUUUCAAAUAUUGGUCGGGCACGGGUGUUACUCAUGGUGGUGAGAUAGAUUUUGUCACUAAUCGGGCCCGGUAUGAUAAGAUAAAACCAACGGUAAGAGAAAACAGAGUAACAAGAGGAUCAAUGUUCGAAUAA